UAAUAAAAGCCAUAUGUCGACUGGCUCUGUCUGGUCGCAUUCUGUCGGUCUCGCAGACCUAAGCAAAUCGGCGCAGUAAUGAAGUCGUUGACGUAUACCGCAACGUUUCUCUUAGCGGCCGUAUAUGGAGUCAAAAGUUACGAUGAACCGGAAGUGUAUAUGAACACGAGUCAGCUGAUCACGAGUAAAGGUUAUCCGUGCGAGGAGCAUGACGUGCAUACACAGGACGGCUAUAUCUUGAACAUCCAGAGGAUACCGCAUGGGCUCUCGAGCGCUCCAGUCGGCGGAAGCCGACCGGUAGUCCUUCUGCAACACGGGCUUCUUUCGUGCUCCGCGUGCUGGGUCGAGAAUCUCGCGAACAACAGCCUAGGUUUCAUGAUGGCGGACGCCGGCUUCGACGUUUGGCUUGGAAACAGCCGUGGUAACACGUACGGACGCCGCCACGAACAUCUACAGGCAUCCUCCCACGAGUUCUGGAAAUUCAGCUGGGACGAAAUGGCGAAAUAUGACUUACCGGCUACGGUGGACCUUAUCCUGCAAAAGACCGGCGCCAGCCAGAUCUUCUACAUCGCCCACUCCCAGGGCUGCGAGAUCGCGCUCGCCCAAUUGUCACAUGACCGUGCCCUUAAUGGCAAGAUCAAAGCGUUCGGCGCCUUGUCGCCCGCGGUUUUCCUCGGCCAUGUCAGUAGCCCUAUACGGCUCCUUACGCCGAUUGUGAGCGGAGGGGAGAUACUCCUCAACAUGCUUGGUACGGGAGAGUUCCUGCCCAAUAUGGCGACCACGCGCAUGCUGGGACGCACGUUCUGCAACCUGCCCGGCAGGCUCAACCAUAUCUGCGAAAACAUCUUGUUCGUUCUGGCCGGAUAUGACGCGAAACAGAUGAACGAGAGCCGACUGCCAGUCUACAUCGGCCAACACCCUGCAGGAACUUCCACCCAGAACAUCAUCCAUUAUGCGCAGUCAAUCAACUCUGGCAAGUUCCAAAUGUACGACUACGGUUUCCUAGUGAACCUGGCCAAGUAUCAUCAGACGUCGGCUCCGGAGUACCGUCUCGAGGACGUAACCACGCCCAUCCUGCUCUACACAGGCACGAAUGACGCCCUAGUCACGCCCACUGACAUCACGAAGCUUGUGUCACACCUGCCCAGUCUGGUCAAGCACACUAUCAUCAACGGAUGGGAGCACCUGGACUUCAUGUGGGCCAUGAACGCGCCUGAAAUGUGCUACAAUGACCUGAUUCGCGAAAUGAAAUUGCGUGUGUAAUGUUUUCGUCAAAUAAUAAACCGUUCCCUUAAAAAGUU